AUGAUGGCCAGUCUUUGCCGGACACCGCUUUUCAAGGUUCUCAGCGAGGCAGACGCCUCCUCUGUUGCCAUUGUCAACCAGAGCACCGGUACCGUAUUUUCAUACAGGUCUCUCAUCCGGGAUGUUGCACGCGCGCGGCAUGCGCUCUUGGAGUCUGUCGGCGACAAAUCAUUAACGGGUCAACGGAUCGGGUUCAUUGUUGAGAAUGGUUACGGCUUCGUGGUCACGUUCUUGAGUAUCCUGGCAUCCAGCGCCGUCGCAGUGCCUUUGGCACCUUCUCACCCCUUGAGUGAGUUGCGAUACAUUCUCAAUGAUAGCGCGGCAACGGUUGUCAUCUCAUCUGCUGCACAUGCCAAGCAAGCCCAACAAGUUGUCGCGGAAGGUCUCGAUAACGUUCCUGUCCUACAUCAAAUCAGCGAAUUCGAUGCCCAGAACGAGGACGAUAUCGACGUGGAGUGGACGGACGCACCUGGCGGUGCUACGUCUGGCAUGAUGCUGUACACAUCCGGCACAACGGCACGCCCAAAGGGCGUGCUGCUCCGAGAAGCUUGCCUGCUCGCCCAGGCGCAAAGCCUCCACAAAGCUUGGGAUUACCGGCCAUCGGAUCGUCUUCUGCAUAUUCUCCCUCUUCACCACAUCCACGGCACCAUGAAUGCGCUCCUAGCACCCCUGCUAGCGGGGUCGAGUGUAGAGUUCAUGAUUGGGUUUAAUGCCGAACGAGUCUGGUCUCGCCUGGCUGCGCCAUUCCUGCCAGUCAACGGGAACGGCAUAAUCAAUGGCACGAGCAAUGGCACCGGCGACAAGGCGGUGUUUCAACCCAUUACCUUUCUCACAGCCGUGCCGACAGUAUGGGCUCGUAUGCUGUCCGCUUACCCUUCUUUGUCUACCGAGAUUCAGAGGGCUGGCAGGGAGGCAAUCUCCGUGAGGCAUCUUCGCCUCAAUAUCUCUGGCUCGGCAGCACUCCCUGCCCCAACCCGCGAUGCUUGGACCAAGCUCUCAGGGGGCAACACUCUGCUCGAGCGUUACGGUAUGACCGAGAUCGGUAUGGCCAUCUCGUGUGGCCUGGACUACAGCGACCGCGUUGAGAGCUCCGUUGGCUGGCCCCUCCCUUCAGUCGAGGUCCGCCUUGCCGAGAAGAAUGACGACACGGGCGAGGAGACCAUCAUUGGGCUUGGGGAGGAAAAGGACCCCGCGACAGGAAAAGAAAGACAAGGAGAAAUCCAGAUCCGGGGAUCGACCAUCUUUUCCGAGUACUGGCGCAACCCUGCCGCCACCGAGAAGGAGUUCACCGGUGACGGCUGGUUCAGGACAGGUGAUAUUGCCGUUCGACGUGCCGUCCCAGGGGCCGGCGAGGGCAAGUCUGGCUCUUGGGCCCGUGGUCCAGCAUACUUCAUCCAGGGGCGCCGGAGCGCCGACAUCAUCAAGAGCGGCGGAGAGAAAAUUUCGGCGCUGGAGAUUGAGCGUGAGCUACUCGGACUUCCCAACGUCGCCGAAUGCGCGGUGGUCGGCUUGCCAUCAGAAGCCUGGGGCCAGAAGGUCGCAGCAGUAGUCGUCUUAUCCGACGCAGGGAAGAACAGCGCCGAACCGUGGGGCUUAAAGGAGAUGCGGCGUGACCUCAAGGUUCACAUCCCGCCGUUCAAGGUUCCCCAGGACCUGGAGAUCGUCGAUUCUAUCAAGCGUAAUGCGAUGGGAAAGGUGAACAAGAAGGACUUGGUUGCGGCUGUCUUUGGUGACACCGAGAGAAUCAGGAGGAGGAGCAUUAGUGGUCGUCAAUAA